UAAGCUCCUCCGCAGGCGGAGGGCCAGGGUGGAAGGAUGGCCGGGAGGACUGCGCGGCUGGUACUGCUGGCUGGAGCAGCCGCGCUAGCAAGCGGCUCCCAGGGCGACCGCGAGCCAGUGUACCGCGACUGCGUGCUUCGGUGCGAAGAGCGGAACUGCUCGGGGGGUGCACUGAAGCACUUCCGCUCCCGCCAGCCAAUCUACAUGAGUCUAGCAGGUUGGACCUGUCGGGACGACUGUAAGUAUGAGUGUAUGUGGGUCACCGUUGGCCUCUACCUCCAGGAAGGUCACAAAGUGCCUCAGUUCCAUGGCAAGUGGCCCUUCUCCCGGUUCCUGUGCUUCCAAGAGCCAGCUUCUGCUGUGGCCUCUUUCCUCAAUGGCCUAGCCAGCCUGGUGAUGCUCUGUCGCUACCGCACCUCCGUGCCAGCCUCCUCCCCUAUGUACCCCACCUGUGUGGCCUUUGCUUGGGUCUCCCUCAAUGCUUGGUUCUGGUCCACAGUCUUCCACACCAGGGACACCGACCUCACAGAGAAAAUGGACUACUUCUGUGCCUCCACUGUCAUCCUGCACUCCAUCUAUCUGUGCUGUGUCAGGACCGUGGGGCUGCAGCGCCCGGCCGUGGCCAGUGCCUUCCGGGCCCUCCUGCUGCUCAUGCUGACGGCGCACGUCUCCUACCUGAGUCUCAUCCGCUUCGACUACGGCUACAACAUGGCGGCCAACGUGGCGAUCGGCCUGCUGAACGCGGCGUGGUGGCUGGCCUGGUGCCUGCGGAACCAGCGGCUGCCGCAUGUGCACAAGUGCGUGGCGGUGGUCCUGCUGCUGCAGGGGCUGUCCCUGCUCGAGCUGCUGGACUUCCCGCCUCUCUUCUGGGUCCUGGAUGCCCACGCCAUCUGGCACAUCAGCACCAUCCCGGUUCACGUCCUCUUCUUCAGCUUCCUGGAAGAUGACAGCCUCUACCUGCUGAAGGAGUCAGAGGCCAAGGUCAAGCUGGACUGAAGGCCCUGGAAGCAGAUCUGCCCUCUUGAGAAUCCUGUCCAUCCCUGCUGGCUCCCCUUCUUCCCCGAAGUCCUUGAGAUGAUUUGUUUUUCUUUCAGCAUCUUGAACUUGGACAUGAAGGGUGUGGGCCCAGAAUCAUGUAACCUGCCCACCCCUUGCUCACCCCCACAUGACCCCCACAGGCCUUGGCCUCCCAGCAGACCUGGGCUAGAAAAUGGGCAACCCCUCUGGUCCCUGGAGCUGAAAUGGACUGAAACUGUGUUCUUAGCUCCACCGAGAGGAGGCUGUCUCUCCCUCCCUGUCAGCCUUCUCCUCACAUCUCCUCACUGCCGGGGUGGUUCCCAGAACCCUCUGUCUAGCUGGGAGACCAGGUACCACGGCCUUUGGGGAUACAGUGAGGUCCCUUCUGUUACCCCUGUGCCCUCCUCAGGGCACCGCUAGGUGGCACUAGAUGCUUGCUCUUCAGCUGCCCAAGUUUCCCAGCAGAUCUUUUCAUGGGAUCUAGAAGCAAUAAGCUGUUGGGAUUGGGGAGCAGUCUCACUCAGACUUACUCCAGUCAGACCCCUGGGAGGCCUCACCGCACUCCCUCUUUGGAGCCAGGACCCCAGAGAGUGUAGGACAGGAAUCCCUCUGGCCCCUGAGCUGCUGUUCUGGUUGGGAGCCCACACAUGAGUGUGUGAGGGAGACCAAGUGUGUAGGUUGAUGGGGUGGUGGGCACAGAUCUGGAGAUCUGGGGUGUGUGAGAUGCGGGUGGGGUGGUGAGCAUUGGCCUUGUUGCAGUGCGGAUGUGUGUGAGUGGUUUUGAAGUGUGUGUGUUGGGGGACAGGCGGGUUAGUGUGGGUUAGGGGAAUGUGCAGAGACUGAACGUGAGUGCAAGGGAGUGUGAGUGGGGGGGUGGGCAGGAUCAAAUCAUGUGGCCAACCACUGACUGAACACCAGCUCUGCACACAGCCCAGGCCAGGCAGAGAGCCAGGAUGUCCUCAGAUCUGGCAGGGGUAAGGGUGUCCAGGUUGCAUGUGUGUUUAUGUGUUCCUUUCUUUUGCACUCCUCUCUCUUUACAAACCUCAUAGGGCUCCCACACAACUCAAGAUCACCCCCAGAAUCAGCCCCUUGGGAGGCAGAGGGAGGAAGGAAAAUGGGGAUCCUCCUUGCCUAGACAUGGUUCGCCAUCCCUACCCCAGUGUUCUGCCUGCUAAGCCCCUUUGCCGGUUCCUGACCCAGGGCAGGGGCUGGGUAAGGGGCAAUCUGGGGGCAGAGGGGAGAAGACCUCGGCUGGGUCUACUCUCUGAUCUUGCCAGAAGCAGGCAGGGGCAGUGCUGUGCCUACGCUGUGGCAAAGGUGACCCCUGCCAGUUGCCAGCAGCCAUAGCACAUUCCUGCUCCACACGGAUAGAACAUGGAGCUCCAGAAACUUUCCAUCCCACGGCCGUCUCUGAUUGGAGCAGGGAGUCUGCUCCUCUUCCCCUCCCUGGGAGUAAGGGCGCUGAGCUAGGACUCCAACCUCAGGGACUUGGGCAGCCUGUGUUAACUUCUUUUGAUACUAAGAACUAUUUUAAGGUGAGGAGGGUGGCAAGGGACAUUCUUAAUAAACCAAUUCUC